AAGUUGUGGAUGUCAACCGCCGUAAAACCCCAAGAAGAAGAGGAAGAAGAAAACAUGCAGCGACGUCACACCGACACCGUCAAACAUUUAGCGAAUGUGAUAUGAAAAAGCCUGGUCUGAACAUUAUACAGUUAGGCAGGCAAUUUAUCAUAAGGAAAAAGUCUACAUUUGAGUUCAAACAUUAUGGCCGGUGAAGUGGUGGUGACCGUGCGGUUGGUGAGGUCCUUUGAGCACAGGAACUUCAAACCUGUGGUGUUCCGUGGAGUCGAUCUAGAGCAGAACGUAGAGGACUUCAUCAACUAUGUCCGAACAGAUGUGGCCACCAGAGCAGGUCUCCCACCUCCCUUUAAGAAGUUUGGAUAUGACACACUGAAGAUCAUUCACCAAGCGCAUGGAGCCAAGACCAACGAGUUGGUGAUGAGCUUGGAGGACGACGAUACACUCAUCCUUCGUCCAGGACUGACUCUGGCAGCUGCUGGAGUAGCUAAUGAAACGGAGAUGGCUUUCUUCAGUGGAAAAGACUAUGGCCUUUUUAAGGCCAAUCCUGAGACUGUGUGGUGAUGACAGCACAUGCCAAACAGGGAAACGUACAGCGUGCUGCACUGAAAAAUGUGUGAAACGUACCAACAAGCUCAAUGGAACACGCUACACGGACUGAUGCUGCAGCUUUCGAGAUAAACCUUCAAAUAGAGACCAGAAAGGUUUCAUUUUGGGCACCAUUUAGUGUUUUGAAGAUGUGUGGACGGUUUAUUUGUUUAAAAUAAAGGUUCACCUGUGUUGAGUA